UCCUCCGUAAACUUCGCGUAUUAUCCUCUUCAUCGCCAUGCAAAUAAGAUCUAGCUGGCAACAUAUUAUAAUUUUCUUUCUCCAUCCUCCCUGCAAAUCAAAUCCUUCUUUUAUUUCCAUUCUUCGUUCUUCUUGCAAAUCAGAAGCUCUUCGAUGCUUCGUGUUUUUCCGUCUCAGCCUUCUUCUUCGUUUCAGAUAUAGACGGUCUCUUCAUCUCACAUCUGUAAAGAUCGAAGCCGUCCCAGAUCGAGACGGUUGCUUCGUCUCAGAUUGAGACGGUAUCUUCUUCUUAGAUCGAAGCAUUCUCGAACCUCAGAAGAUGAAUUCGGAGGUUGGGUUGCGGUUACUUCUUUGCCCACUUGGUUCUAACAUUGUUGUCCGAACAGCAAGCUGUUCUGUUGGUGUUGUUUUACCUGUUUAUUCUACAUUUAAGGCAAUUGAACGAAGGGAUCACGAUGAGCAAAAAAAAUGGCUUAUGUACUGGGCAGCUUAUGGAUCUUUUAGCAUGGUAGAAUUGUUCACGGAUAAGCUUCUUAACUGGUUUCCACUAUACUAUCAUACGAAGUUAGCAUUUCUUGUUUGGCUUCAACUUCCAUCUAUUGAUGGUGCGAAGCAAGUGUAUAUGAAUCAUCUUCGGCCUUUCCUCUUGGACCAUCAGGCUAAGCUUGACCGAAUGGUUGGAUUUGUAUAUGGUGAAAUGUCUAGGUUUGUGAGUCAGCAUGAGGAGGAAGUGAUGUUUGUGAAGACAAUUCUAAUGAAGAUUUUAGCGGCGUCUAAGGAAGUUAACACUCGCCCAGAACAAAGGCAAUCUAGUGCUGCAAUUGAAGGACCAAAUGUGGAGGAUGAAUCAGAUUCUGAGGAUGAUGAAUUGAUGAUUGAGUAAAGAGUUCUCAAUCAAACUAGUUCCUGUUUUUGUUUUUGUUCUGUUUUUUUGAAAAAAUUGUAUAGCAAACUGAAUGGAUAGGUGCAGCUAGGACUUUCUGAGCUGAGGUGAAUAAUGAUUCACUUCAAAGUGCAGGGAUAGAUCCUUUGAAUGUGAGGAUCUGUGCUUCUAUGUUCUACACUUGUACCCAACCGUAUGUGUUUGUACUAGUUUAUUUUGCCAUGCAAAAUUAGGUACAGUUUCCUUGUAAAUUUCCCCCUACUUUACUACGAUAAAGAUAUCAAUAUAAAUAUUUAAUUUUGGA